GCGGGAGGCGGCGGAGGCCAUUAGGGGAGAGCGCGGGCGGCGUGCAGCGGAGCGGCGGGCGGAGUAGAGCCACAGCACUGCAGCCAUGUCGAUUGGGGUGCCAAUCAAGGUCCUGCAUGAGGCCGAGGGCCACAUCGUCACCUGUGAGACCAACACAGGAGAAGUUUACCGAGGCAAACUUAUUGAAGCUGAGGACAACAUGAAUUGUCAGAUGUCCAACAUAACAGUGACAUACAGAGAUGGCAGAGUGGCACAGCUCGAACAGGUGUACAUCAGGGGUAGCAAGAUACGGUUUCUCAUCUUACCAGACAUGUUGAAAAAUGCUCCUAUGCUGAAGAGCAUGAAGAACAAAAACCAGGGUUCUGGAGCUGGGCGAGGAAAAGCAGCUAUUCUCAAAGCUCAAGUGGCUGCAAGAGGAAGAGGCCGUGGGAUGGGCCGUGGCAACAUCUUCCAGAAGCGAAGAUAAUUUUGGUCUUGACAGACAUGCUUUUUUUUUAUUAGGGGUGUUAACUUGACUGUGUGUGCAUUGGUUUCAGUUUUGUUUAAUAAAUGUUUCUGACAAAAACUUGUCUGCUCUUACCUUAUAGGGCAAUUCUUGGGCAAACACACUGUAGGUUAAUUUCAAACUUAAGCCAACUUUGCCUGGAGAAUAGUGAACUUUAGGUUUGACCACUUUGUGUGAUGCAUUGAUUUUUAAAGAUAAUUAUUUUUCCUUUUUCUUGUUUAAUCCUGUUGUCAUUUAUUCUCAAAAGAAUUAGAAGACAUUCUUAAUGAAGAAUUUCUAAGUCAUACGCUUUAAAGUCUUACUAGCAGCUGCAUUUAUGGAAAAUAGAGCAAAAUAGAGGCAGCUUCCUGAGAAGCAAAGCACUGUAUUCUUUUGCUUUAUAUGGACUACAAUGGAUAGAGGUCCAUUCAGAUCUGUAUAUUGAGCUUGUAUUCUUGCAUUUCUUAGUUUUGUCUUUGGAUACGGGGGGAAUUUUUCAUUAGGAACACAAUUUUGAUAGCCUGAGUCUAUCCUUGCAGUGAAAAAAUCUAACUCUCUCAGCAGUUUUUCCCUCUGUCUGGGAAGACAGAAUAUAAAAUGGGCAUUUUCCAGGAUAAAUUUGAAAUGCUUUGUAAAUUUGAAAGGUAGUGCAGGUGUAUAGGGAAAGUCUUACAAAUGAUUAUCCGUUAAACACAACUCCAUAAAAAUGUUUACGUUUUGAAUAAAACUCAUCAUCGCCUUCAGCUCUUGGUCUUAACAUCUCUACACAGUCAUGUAGAUAAUCAGCUGAUCUGCAGGAAGCCAAGUGUAGUUCUAACUUUAUUUUAUUCUGCUGAAAGUGUAGUGUGGUUGUUCUUACUGACUUAAAUGGUUGAAAUGUUUAAAUGUAACAGUUCUGUAUCUAAUCACAUACUUGCAUACAAUCAGCUAUGAGUCUGUACACACAGGAAAGAGCUAGUCAUGCUUUUCUGCUCUGAUGCUGUGAAGGCUCUCCCUUGUGUGCAGAGAGGAAAGUUGAACUAAUGUAUUGAUUUGUUUGAAUUGUGUGUAAAUAAAGCUGUAUUUGGUCUCAAACCACUAGGAAAAACCCUGCUACUUGUUCUUCUGGGUAGUAGUGAUCCUAAAUAUUUGCAUUGGAAACCUCCUUAGCACGUGUUGAAGCUUAAAUUAAAAAAGCAUUGUAUUGUCA